AUGUCUCCUCUGUCAGACGACAAGGUCGCCAGAAUCAGCGAAGAUGACCAUCCUCCAAACCCUGACAUCGUCAAAGAUGCAUCCUUUGCAAAGCAAGCCGCAGACGAGGAGCACAGUCUCACAUUGCUCCAAGCCAUCCGAAAGUAUCCAAAGGCUGUUAUGUGGUCAGCUCUACUCUCCACAUCAAUCAUCAUGGAGGGCUACGACAUCGUCUUGAUCUCGUCCUUCUUCGCUCAGCCGUCCUUCAGAGAGCAUUAUGGAAGCUAUCAGCCAGAGACAGAUACCUGGCAGAUCACAGCAUCUUGGCAGAAUGCUCUCAGCAACGCUGUCAGCGUGGGAACUAUCAUCGGCGCGUUCGCCAAUGGCUACUUCACGUACAAAUUUGGCUAUCGAAAAGUGCUUCUCGCUUCGUUGGUUGCCAUCUGUGGCUGUAUCUUCAUCUCAUUCUUCUCCCCCAGUCUUCCCGUUCUUCUUGUUGGGCAAUUUCUUUGUGGCAUCCCUUGGGGAGUGUUCGCUACUAUGGCUCCUGCGUAUGCCUCCGAGGUCUGUCCCAUGGCCUUGAGAGGCUACUUGACCGUCUAUGUUAACCUCUGCUGGGCCAUCGGGCAACUCAUUUCCGCUGGUGUGCAGGCAGGUUUCUCGAACAAGACUGGGCCAUGGUCUUACCGCAUCCCGUUCGCGAUACAAUGGGCAUGGCCUGUUCCUCUAUUCGUCAUUCUGUUCUUCGCUCCUGAAUCGCCAUGGUACUUUGUUCGUAUUGGGGAUUAUCAAGAAGCUGAGAAGUCCGUCACCCGUCUCAGUUCAUCAACACAACCUGGCCAUGCAAAGCAGGCCGUUGCUAUGAUGAUACAUACCAACGAGAUCGAGAAAUCGAUUGAUCAAGGAACUUCCUACCUAGACUGCUUUCGCGGGAUCGAUCGACGCAGGACUGAGAUUGCUUGCAUGGCCUUUGCUGCUCAACCCUUUUGCGGAUCUUCAAUGGGAGGAACACCAACAUUCUUCUUUGUCCAAGCAGGACUCCCUGAGACAAUCUCGUUCAGGAUGUCUGUUGGCGGUCUAGGUAUUGCCUCCGUUGGUACAAUCAUGUCUUGGUGGCUACUUGCCCCUUUCGGUCGACGUACACUGUAUCUCUGGGGCCUCGGAUUGCUCACAGGGGUGUUGAUGAUUGUCGGAAUCAUCAGUGCUAGUGCCGGAGAUUCCCAAGGCGCAAACUAUGCCCAGGCCGCUUUCAUGCUUCUCUGGCUUGGUAUUUACUACAUGACUGUGGGGCCUGUUUGCUAUGCAAUCAUUUCUGAGGUAUCUUCCACACGUUUACGCAACAAGAGUAUUUGCGUUAGUCGAAUUGCAUACUACAUCGCCCAAAUCAUCUGCAACGUGGUCAACCCUUAUAUGUUGAACCCGACUGCUGGUAACUGGCGCGGCAAGACUGGCUUCUUCUGGGGAGGGUGCUGCUUGGUCUUCUUUAUCUGGACGUUCUUCAGACUUCCCGAGACUAAGAACAAGACUUUUGAAGAGCUCGAUAUCCUCUUUGCUAACAAUGUGAAAACUCGUGAGUUUGCCAAGUACAAGGUGGAUGCAUAUGCGGAGGACGAGAAUGCUUUAACCAUUAAAGAUGGUACUGCGUCAUGA